GUCUAAAUAGGCUGUAUGGUCUUAGAUCUUUGCCUGUCCCGAAAGGCGACAAAAUGAAAAACAACAACAAUUGUUAAUGUUGUUAAUUUUUUAUCGCGUAGUACAACACAAGCGUAGUAAAUCUAUAAGAUACAUUAAACAUUAGCAUUUAUAUGUUUAUAUACUAAAGAAAUGUUAUUCGUGUUUCGUAAAAUUUUAAUACCUACAUGACUAUACAAUCAGAAGAAUAAACUUUGCGUCAUGGCAGAUUCAACAAUGUAUUCUUCUUUGUUUGCUCUAGUAGACAGCCAUUUAUCGAAAAGCAGUGUUCAAGACAAUGGUGAGAAUACUGAAGAUACUUCCUUUAAAGUUCCUUCGUUCAAAAUUCCACCUCUAGGCAGUUUAUCAGAAAGUUCAUUAACUUUGCCGCCAUGCCAACGAGUACCUAUAUCACAGUCUGGCAUGAAUGAGAAACCCAUUCAAAGUGUUUUAGCUGAACAAGUAGCGAACAUGCUUAAAGCUAAAGAGUUGAAAAAGCAAGAAGAGGAAAGAUUAAAGAUAGAAGAGGAAAUAAAACGACUUAAAAUAGAAGAUGAGAAAAAUUCAGUAAUAGACUUAAUGACAGCUAUUCAGAUACCCAGUGAACGCCAGCAUAUCACAUAUCGCCAAGAGCCUCUUACCACCAGCAGUUCCUGUGAGUCUUUGUUUAACUUAAAUUUUGCAGACUGUGAUGAUGAUGAGCCACAAAAGACAAAAACUCCAGAACCAUUGCUGCCGUGCAAUACAGACAUGUCGUACAUAUUAAAACAGAAAAUAAAGAGAGAUAAAGGUUCACCCUUUGGGAAAGUAUUGACGUCACGGCUACGUCCAGUUGCAGCACCAUAUUUAAAUCAUAAAUAUCCAACAAGUAUAGUUAGGUUUGCCUUUAAUACUCCCUCACCAUGUGAUAUAAUAAAAGCAAAUUUGAGAAAGCCAACAAUGUCUAGUACUUUUACAAUCAAUAUUAAUGAUUUUAAUUAAUACUAUUGCAAUAAAAGUAAAUUGAAAA